UACAGGGGCGCAGCGGUCGGCAGCGGCGGCAUCGUGAGGCGGCGGCAUCGUCAGGCGGGCCCUCCCGGAGGCGGGAGGCCCCCGCCGGGAGCAGGCCGCAGGCCGUCAGGUGAGGGGAGAGGCGGCGGCCAGAUAUUACCAGACAGACAAUAAGAAGCCCACAUAAUUUACCUUCAUACUGACAAUAAGAUCACAAUGAAGAAGAACCUCAAAGGAAUGUUUGUCUCCCCAUACCUUUGUUAAUGACCAUUAGCAGCUAGCAGAUGCUUAUAAUGACCAGGAAAACAUCCACCACGUUUGUGCUUGGCCUGCUCCAGGCAGCCGAAUGAAGGUUUCUUCCAGUUGUUUCCAGAACUCUAUUGCUGAAGCCCCUCUCUUUGUUGGUUGAAUGUUCAUGAAGCCCUUUCCUGAACCAGCUUAGGAGGCUUACGCCUCUUGGAGCCUGUGACAUGGAAGCUUUGGAAGUAGAUGAUAUUAGCCCGGCCUUGGAAGUUACUGAAGAUUUCUUUAGUACUUUUGACAGUAAGUUAGAAAAGGCUGUGCAGCAAGCAGAAGUUUAUGGGAUUCAAGAAGUCCCUGAACUGGUGGGGCACGAGAUAUUCAGUAACGUAACAGACAAUGGUGCUAUCAGAAAUGUUGCCUCCCUGGGCAAAAGGGGCAUGAUUUGGGACCCCUGUAAGAGCAGGCUCUUAGAAACCAAAGUUCAAAAUGUCUUCCCUGCCAAAGUACAGUUUAUGGUCCAGAAAGGGACAACCCCAGAUAAUCUAUCCUGGAUGGAACAAAAAGAAGCGUCAACCUUUAAUUUUUUCAACAUCUGUCAGCGCCGGAGGGACAGACCUCGUUCUGUGAAUGACUUAUUGGAUGAGACCUCUACUUUCAAGCCUGGGCAUGCUCGAUCAAGGUCAGAUAUUACCCAAGUGGACUGGAGGGUAGUCCUCAAAACCACGCCUUUGCAGCAGCAGGAGCAGCAGCAGCAGCCAUCUCUUCAGGGCCUUCACUUCACCAGGCCAUCUUUUCUGACGCCCUCACCAAAUAAGGUAGAAGAUGCUCAAGGAAAUACUGAACACAAGCAAGCAUUCCCAAACAUUCUAAAGAAGGGUUACCUGGAGAUUAGGAAGGACCAUGACAGUUACUGGCAAAGCUGCUACGCAGAACUCUCCCCCUACAGCUUAUGCGUCUACAGCCUCGACAGCAGUGGGAAUCAAAACCUCCAUGCCACCUACCAGCUUUCACACUUCCAGAGCAUAUCCGUUUUGGGCAACCUUGAGGCCAGGCUGGUGGAUACUGUUCUGUAUGACAACACUCAGCUACAGCUAAAGGCAGAGUCACCAUGGGAGGCUUUGGACUGGGGCCAGAAGCUCUGGGAAGUCAUGCAUGCUGCCAUGCCUGAUUAUGUGGGACGGCAGGAUGAACUGGCCAACUCCCCAAGGCUUGGUCAUCAUGUUGACUGUACACAGCAUCAUUGUUUACAGCAGAAAUCCAGUGAGCUGCUCAUGCUGUCCCCUAUCUUGGAUAGCCCCAAACAGUACCAAAACAUUCUCAAAUCAGGGACACUCUACAGGCUAACUGUCCAAAAUAACUGGAAGGCAUUUACAUUUGUGCUGAGCAGGGCCUGCCUUAUGGCUUUUCAGCCCGGCAAGCUAGAUGAGGACCCCCUGCUAAGCUACAAUGUGGAAGUGUGUCUGGCUGUCCAGAUGGACAAUCUGGAUGACUGUGACUCUUGCUUUCAAGUCAUUUUCCCCCAGGAUGUCCUCCGCCUCCGUGCCGAGACCCGGCAGAGGGCUCAGGAGUGGAUGGAGGCUCUGAAAACAGCUGCCAAUGCAGCGAGGAGUUCAGAGCAAAACCUGCAAGUCACACUGAGAAACAAACCCAUGGAUCUGAUGGGUGGGCGUGAACUCAGGAAGAGCAAACGUCAGUCCGUGACCACCAGCUUCCUCAGCAUUCUGACAACUCUGUCUUUGGAACGAGGACUCACUGCUCAGAGUUUCAAAUGUGCAGGAUGCCAGCGAUCUAUAGGCCUUUCCAGUGGGAAAGCCAAGGUGUGCAAUUACAGUGGGUGGUAUUACUGCAGCAGCUGCCAUGUGGACGACAGUUUUCUCAUUCCAGCACGCAUAGUCCACAACUGGGAUACUUCAAAAUAUAAGGUGUCUAAGCAGGCCAAGGAGUUUCUGGAGUACGUGUACGAGGAGCCCCUGAUCGACAUCCAGCAGGAGAACCCCCUGCUGUACCAGCACGCCGAGCCGCUGGCCACCGUGGCGCGGCUGCGACAGCGGCUGACGUCGCUUCGAGCCUAUCUGUUCAGCUGCCGGGCAGCGGUGGCGGAGGAUCUGCGCCGCAGAAUUUUCCCCAGAGAAUACCUCCUUCAACAGAUCCACCUAUAUUCCCUCGCCGAUCUGCAGCAGGUGAUAGAAGGAAAGCUGGCUCCAUUCUUGGGCAAGGUCAUUAAAUUUGCCGCCUCCCACGUGUACAGCUGCAGUCUCUGUAGCCAGAAGGGGUUCAUCUGUGAAAUCUGUAACAACGGCGAGAUUCUCUACCCUUUUGAGGAUAUUUCAACAAGCAGGUGUGAAAGCUGUGGAGCCGUUUUCCAUUCUGAAUGCAAAGAAAAGUCUGUCCCCUGCCCGAGGUGUGUCCGCCGAGAGCUGCAGAAGAAGCAGAAGUCUUUCUGGCGGAGGCUGAAUAUGGAUGAGAGCCUGGAGGAGGCUUGCAACAUGUUUGAGCUGUCCUACCAGAACACCUGACUCAGCAGGAGCCCGAGGCCAGGGACUGACCUCUGGAUGACCCGUCAGCCCCAGUGGCUCCCUAACAAGCCAGUUAGACCCCUUUGGGAGAAGAGUUAUGUCUCAUCUUUAGCUAGAUAUAGACAUACAUUUAUAUGUACACACAUGCAUACCUAUACGUCCUGUGCGUAUGUUCUGUAGAAAGUCGUUGUCUAAAAGGUCCAUGCAGCCUCUGUGGCUCAAACAGUUACCAAUAGCUGAAUUAUACUUAGCCAUGAAUUUCAGCUGCUUGCUCCCUAGCAAAAUGUGGUUUACACACAAAGCUUUAUAGUUUAGACUUUUUUUUGGCUCUCGGGGGCUAUUUUAUUAAACAGGACCCAGGAGAAAACAUGUCCUGCAGAACAGCAGCGCUUCAGGUUAUUUUGUGUUAUUUAUUUUUAGCCUUCACAGAGGAUGAGGUACCUGAGACAAGCGCCCAUCAUCAUCUGUUUCAUAAGAAAAUCUUCACAACAUAGGAAUGCCUCCUGGACCCUUCCCUGGGUCUCUCCCCUCGGUUUCUUCUGCAGAGGUGGUUUCUGAGCCAAGCAGCUUGGGAAUCAGCAACGCACGCACCCUUGGACAGGAAGCACGUGCCCUGAUUUACCAGGAGAGCUGGUUCUGGUUUGCGAGUUCAUCAAAGAAAGUUCCUCCUAAGAAAAGAAGAGAACUCAGUGACCAGUAACUACAUGUCGGCGGCCUUUUUGUUGGUACAAAGCCCAUCACCCACCCAAGGAUGCGACGCUCCACCAUAUUGACAGGUUGCGAACAUGGCUCUCUUAAGAGCUGUUUUCCAGGGGUUUCGUGGUGAUAUUUAUGAUUGUUUAAUGGUCCUGGCCUGAGGAAAUUUCCUAGCAUUGUUUUUCAAUGUUUGGGUUUGUAGACUGGUAGGCAGAGUAUGUAGUGCAUACAUUCCAAGAGACAGUCUUCAAUUUCUUUUCACAGAAUCCUGUGUAGGCAAUUCCUACUGAUUCAUUUUAAAUGUUUUAUUUCUCAUUGUUCUUCAUUGCACUUGCAUUUUGACCUUUAAUUUGUCAUUUUAACCAGUUCUACUUUCAUAUUUUUUUAAUUGUUUAAAAAAUCAAAGUAACAUGGAACUCCAAAAUACCAACUUUAGAAUAUUAAGAAAAUACCAAACUUACAAAUAUAAUUAAUGAAUUAAACCUAAUAUUGUUUAAAUAUAUAUAUACACACACAUAUAUAAUUGCCUCGUUAAAGUAAAAAAAAGAAGUGCUAAAAUAAUAUCAUAGGAAUAAGAAAUAUAAUGAAUUGCUUCGCCCUCAGCAGGGUAAUGUUGUCCCAUGCAAUCCCCUUUUAAGAGCCAGCAUAGCAGCCGCUGUGAUGGAAAGGGCAGGUGGGGUGAGGCUGGGAUCAUGGCUCCCAUUCCUUCCACCUUAUCUCUUCCCAGAACAGAAAAAUAAGCUUAUACUGAAGCAAUUCUUAGUGGACUGUAUGAGAAGAUUCUGUGUGUUUCUACUGAGCAGAUGCCUUCAAUGCCUUCCUGGUUUAGUAGUUUCACUACUCUUAGGAUGGAGAAUCAGUGGCUCCCAAAGGACACGGUACAUUUACCCCACUGCUCCUUGCCCCCACACUAUGCUCCUCCAGAUCCCAACUCAUGAUACUCCGUCCGUGUAGAGAUAUGAUGUUUCAGACUUUUGUGCAGAAAGUUAGGCAUAAGCAUUUCACCUCUCAACUCACGCCGGUCCCUUUGACCACACAUUUCAACUGAAGAGCUUGGCACCACAGACGCAUUGAUUUUCUGAUUCGACAGGAGCUGUAACCAAGGCCUGACAGGCCCAUUCAUGAGACGCCUUACCGUGCCUUUACUCUUGGAAAACAGGUUGACUUUCCCCUACUCUUGUUACAGAGAACGUGUGCACUAAAGAAAAGGGGGGCAAUCUUAAACAAGUGCUUGGCAAACAGGCAAACAGAUUUGGUCAUCUCUUCUUCCCUCCUCUCCUUCGUGAAAUACAGUAUUUAUAUUUUCCAGCCUUGGAGAAGAGAGAACAGGAUCUUUCACGAGAGAAUUACAGACCUGCUUAUUAUAAAACAGAUGUGCUCCGAUGGCAAAGUGCCUUUUCCCUCCGCCCCAGCUCCCAGUCACCAAAGCUUGCUCUGCCUUCCCUAUAAUUAAUGUACCGUGAUUCCAGCUCUCAGCAGCCACCCCAGCGCUCUGCACUGGAGGCUGACGUGCAGGGCCGUCUCCUCCCCUUCAGGCACGUUUGGUCUGUGUACAGAACUUCCUGCCCCAACUCCCAGGCACCCAGAGUCAGACCUGCCAUGAGUCGGGGUGAAAUUCUGGACCCUGUUCUAAAGGUCUUUGUUUCCACCAAUGCCCAGUUAGAGGGCCCUGCUAACUAUGAGCAGUCCCUGCUACCCAGAACCGGAACUGGACCCCAGCUGUGCUGUUUUCUCUCCUUUUUGUACAUCCCUGACAGCCUGCUGGUGCUGGCCGCAGGCCUACACAACCUUCAGCACCACCACCAAAAGCUGAUAGGACAGAGCAGAGCUGGCUUAGGAGUUGGGUCAGCCAUGAGAAUUCAAAAUUGUUGUUUUCAGCCCAGAAUGCCUUAGAGCACAUGAACGCCCUUACUGUUUUCAACCCUAACAGAUUACCUGGUACACUAUUAGGUAAUUGUUCCACUGCUUAGAAGCUGUCGAAACAAAAGCAAAUCUGUGGAUUACCACCUGCUUAAGACCAAGCUAAUACCUGCUUUCCCUCAUGUUCCGUUUUUCAUCCCAUAUUAAAUAUCUUGCACAUAAAGCACGUGAGAAAAUGGCCAAUUAAUCUUCUAGAGCUGGCAGCCGACUCAGAGGACACUCUCUUCACUUGAAAUGCCCAUUCCCCGGUGUAUCACUUAAGGAAAUCCCUCCUAACAGUGCCAGAAACUCAUUUGAGACAGUCCAACCCGGUGAAGUGUUGGCAUCUAAGCCACAGUAGAGAAGCCAGUUCCUAAAAUAGACCCCGGUCUGCACCACGGCAGGAAGGCCACAAAAUACCUAAAAAGCAGUAGAUGGGAAUGGCAGCCAUGUUCUUCCAGGGCUGCUUUCUCCCAAAGCUGGAAACCUCUUUAUGUGAAAACCAUGUAAAAUCUCAUCUUCCCCUUUGCUUCACCACCUCUCCAGGGGACUGCAUGAGAGUCGUUUUCACGUCUGCAGCACUGAAGGCUAAUCUUUUCAGGAGCUUUAAUAUUUGAUUAGCCAAGAAGGUAAUCG